AUGAGAGCACCAAGGGAGCCCAAGGUCAAGCCGCCCAACAUUGAUGCCUAUGAUGGGACUACGGACCCAGACAUGCAUCUCUUAGUUUACAGACAUCACAUGUAUGUUCAAGGAAUAACCGACUCAACUUGGUGUAAGUACUUUCCAGGAACACUGAAAGGGGUAGCGUCUAAGUGGUUUGAGAGGCUCCCAGCCGGAACCAUUCGCUCUUUUUUGGAGCUUGAGUUAUUGUUUUCCACUCGGUUCAUGGCUCACAAAGAAGAGAAGAAGACGAGCAUGCACUUGAGUCGAAUUCAGCAAGGGAAAGACGAAUCUCUGAGAAGCUAUGUAAAAAGAUUCAACUUGGAGGCGGGGCAUAUUCCAGAUUUGCCGGAUGGUGUGGUAUUUGAUAACUUUAUUCGAGGGCUUAAGAAGGGCUCGUUCAAGUUUGAUCUGGUAAAGAAAAGUGUGCGAACCAUGGCAGAGGUGUUAGAUGAGGCCGAGGCCUUCAUUCACGCAACAGAAAUUUGCAGCGUCCCAAAAGAUCCCAGGGGAAAGUCGGACAGGGCUCCCGGGGCGGCAGGCCAGAAGAGGUCCAGAGCUUAUGACCGAGAGCGCUUUGAGUAUAACACAGACAUGUACACAAUUCUGAUGGACGCUGGGUCCAAGUAUGAGAUUGAUCGUCCAUUCCCCAUGAAGUCGCCACCAGAAAGCAGGGAUCCCAAGCUGUACUGUCACUUCCAUAGUGACAUUGGACAUGACACCAACGAAUGUAAAAGCCUAAAAAGGGCACUGGACGGCCUAGCCGCUAAGGGAUUCCUAAAGAGUUAUAUUAGCAGAAAUACGGGAGGUUCUGGCAAACCGUUCUACAAAAAGAACAAAUCACCUCCCUCGAAAGAGGAUGGUCGCCAACCUGAGGGUUAG